UUGGAUGAGAAAUUGGAGAAGCAAAAGCAAUUGUAUCAUCAUUACAAAAAAUGAGCCGGGUUGUGAAGGCAUCAAUUCUUUUUCUUUCCGUCUCCACUUAAUAAUACCUGCAGACACACUUCUACUGCUGCUGCUGCUGAGAACAAUUGAGUUGACUGACUGGAUUGUUAGUUGGCUGGUAAAACAAAGGUGAAAAGCCUUUCGUUCGAAGUGGAGGAGACUCGUGUGUGUUUUUUUAAACGACAACAAACUACUGAUUGCAUUUUUGUUUGUGUUGUUGAUUGUCCCAAUAAUUCGAUAAUUGAUAAUCGAUAAUAAUAGUCUGUGGGUAUUGAUUUGUAGUAAUAAUUUACUAAUGAGAGAUUGUUUGACUUGAUGAAUAAUUUAAUCGAGGAGAAAGAAGUGAAGAGCAAAAGAGUGGUGGUGUUGACUUAAAUAUAUUGUGGUUUAGUAAGGUUGUAAAAUAAAAUUUACUGAUUACGGCGGCGAAGCAAGUUCAGUUGGAGGGAGACGAAUAUUAUUUCAUCUUUUUUAGUAAUUCAAGUUUUAGCAAGCUGGAGGACACAAUGGAAGUUGACAAAAUGUACAGCAGUUACGAAGGUGUUUUGGCCUACACGAUUCACGAAACGGGAAAACACGACCCUAUUUCGACAGACUCUUUAAAUCUACGAGUUGUCUAUGAUCCUCAAGGGCUGACCGUGUUUUUGUAUAAAGAAGAUAAUGGCCCUACAGACCCUGCUGCAGAAGACACGUCUUUGAGAUUAUUUGAAACUGUGGUAGAAAGGUCUUCACCUCCUAUAAAAAUAGGACGGACCGGAUUCAUCUUGCCAACUGAAACUGAAGCAAUUUUUCUAAAGAUGCCUUCUGAACAAGACGCAGCCACUUUACAUAUGCAAAUAACGAAAGCAUUGAAAGGAAACGAUAGUUCUUUGUUUGCUGUUCGAACUGAGGAAUCGUCUGCGCUUCAAUAUUUUCAAUUUUACGGCUAUUUGUCACAACAGCAAAAUAUGAUGCAAGAUUACAUUCGUACUGCGACGUAUCAGAAAGCAAUACUUUCGAAUAUUAAAGAUUUUCAAGAUAAAAUUAUUCUCGAUGUUGGAGCUGGCUCAGGAAUUUUAUCAUUCUUUGCAAUACAAGCCGGAGCAAAGAAGGUUUACGCUGUUGAAGCAAGUAGUAUGGCCAUUCACGCUGAGACAUUAGCAGCAGCAAAUGGAUUAGGCUCAAAGUUAAUCGUUGUGCCAGGAAAAAUUGAAGAGAUAGAGUUGCCCGAAAAAGUUGACGCUAUUAUUUCAGAACCCAUGGGAUACAUGUUGUACAAUGAGCGAAUGUUAGAAACCUAUCUUCAUGCUAAAAAAUGGUUAAAACCAGAAGGUAAAAUGUUUCCCAGUAGAGGAGAUCUUCACGUUACACCUUUUAAUGACGAGGCUCUGUAUAUGGAACAAUGCACUAAAGCAAAUUUCUGGCAGCAAAACUGUUUUCAUGGUGUAGACCUUGGGUCAUUACGAUCGGCAGCAAUGAAAGAAUAUUUCCGGCAGCCAGUUGUGGACACUUUCGAUAUUAGAAUAUGCCUCGCGAAAACAGUUAAACAUACCGUGGAUUUUAUGACCGCCUCCGAGUUUGACUUGCAUCAACUUAGUAUCCCCUUAGAAUUUGAUAUUUUGGAAGCUGGCACGGUUCACGGUUUAGCGUUUUGGUUUGAUGUUGCCUUCGAGGGCUCUGUAACACCAGUUUGGUUAUCCACAGCUCCAACCGAACCGUUAACUCACUGGUAUCAGGUACGCUGUUUGGUUGAGAAACCGUUCUUCGUAAAACAAGGACAAAAGUUAACUGGCAGAGUUGAAUUGAUAUCGAAUAAGAGACAAAGUUAUGAUGUGCUCAUGGAGUUAGACUGCGAAGGAGAAAAAAUUUCAAAUACUCUUGAUCUUAAAAACCCGUACUUCCGAUACACCGGUCAGCCACCUCAGCCACCACCAGGUCACCACAACACCGCCACGGCACCUUCAGACAAAAUCUGGACAAUGGAAAACGGACUUGUCAACGGGGUUCAGAUGAAUGGUCUUGUCGACGGGAUGAGCACUCUUGUAGAAAUGCCUCAAGCUGUGAUGCUUCCAGGUUCUAUGUCUCAUCAAAUGCAGGCAAAUGCCUCGGUCACUCACUAUACAGCGGUACCCUUACUUGGCGACUUUGUUACAGCAGGCCAGCCUCAAAGUGUUUUGCUCAGCAACUCUAAUGUGAACAUUCUUCCACCAAACAUUAAUUGGUCACAUUAAUAAUGUGUACUACGCACAUAUUUACAACACAAUUAAAAAGUGCGAUGCUCCUGGCUUCUUAAACCACCAUAGUGUCAGAAGUGUUUUAAAAACGCCACAACCAACAAUAAUUUGAAAUUCGACAUUUCACCACAUAUAGUACAUUUAUGCGUCAUCCAUGUAUAGUAGGAUGGAUAAUAAGUACCGCGAUGGCUAACUUCUUCUCGUUGUGAUGUGACUUAGAAGAAGACUCCCUCAUCUCUUCUUCCAAAGGGGAUGCAAGUUUUUAUAAUUUAGUUUACUGCUAAUAAUUAUAAAUAUUUUCACAACAUUGUGAUUAAUUAUAUAACUUCCAGUUACAUUACAUUGUGUCCUCGGUAUAUAUCUUAGGGCGUGAAAUGUUUUUAAACGGUGUGGGUUGCAGAAAUAAUUAAAUCAACUCAACGAAUAAUAAUUAAACUUAUGGUCUAGUUAGGCAGAUAUACGAGUUGAAGUUUAAAUGCUUUAGUGUACAAAUGAUAAUUAUAUCAUCAUCAUCAAAACUAUGUCCAGGCAUUUAGCAACUUGGUAUGAAUCUAUGACACCUCAGUAUGAACUUGGAAUCGACAUCUAGUGCAAGUGUUUUUUCAUAAGCAGCCUUAGUGAUCUGCAAAUUUUGCAAAUAGACCUUUUCCAGGAUAAAGAUAUUGUAGCUUCCUACAAAAACCAUGAUGAAAUGGCGUUUGUUAUACAUACAUAAAUAUAUAAUGAGUUUCAGCAAACCAAGUUAUCCUCAUAUUAUUAUUAUAAGUAGGUAAUUAGUGUAAGUUUUCCUUGAACUUGUUGCAAAAGUUCCAACGCAUUCAUCCCGGUUGCAUUUUAAUAACCUUUAAAUAGUGCGUCUUUGGAUUCAUGUAAAAAUGUUAUUGACAAAAAAUUGAUGCCUUUUUGCGAUACUCUCUGCUAUUAUUCGUGUGAAUAUUAUUAUUGGCAUCACCAAACUGCUCUAAAUAGUAAUUAAGUCAUCGUCCCGUGGAUAAAAAAUAUGUAGAUAAGACACCGCACAUUCACAGUGCAGUUCUUCGUCCUUGCCUGAUAAAAAGUAAAUCCACGAAAUUCUUAAAAGAAUAAAGACUGAGACGUUCAUUACAGCAACUUUUUUAAAAUACUAA